CCGCAUCGCCGGAGCUCAGUAGAAGCCGCAGCGGUUGCACACGUGCGAUUGACGGAAUCUCUACGAGAUUACUCAUCACCGCUGUCGACAGCGGCGCGAGCGAGCGCCCACCGGCAACACACCAAGCAGCACAAGGCAGCACUUCACUGCAGCAAAAAUGAAGUACCUCCAGCGCCGCCGCCGCUGGAUAAGAGCACAAAAGUUCUGGGCCUGGUUGAGAGCCAAGCGCGAGCAGGAGUACCUCGACGCGGCGUCCGAGUCGUCGUCCGAGGAGUCCGAGGAGUCCAGCAGCGGUAGUGACGGAGACGUCAAGGUCCUGAUCUUCGAGGGCAACCCCGACGCGCGCUGGGUCAGCCCCCACUCCGAGGCUGGAAAAGCUGCCGCGGCCAAGGCGGCUUUAGAUGAUGAUGCCUCGGGGAGCGGCUCCGCGACGCCAGUAGAAGACCCUGGGCAGAUGUCCAUGUCGCCCGUGCAGGACGACGACAGCGAAGACGACUUCGCGCCGGCGAAGCCCCAAGCGAACGACGAUAGCUCGGACGACUUCGCACCGGCCAAGAAGAACGGCCACGACGACGAUAGUGAGGACGACUUCAAGGCAGCCCCACAACAACAACAGCAGCCGGGCGUCGCUGCAUUAUUGGGGGAUUUGGACAGUGACGAUAGCGAGGACGACGGCGACUACGACGAUGCUGGUUCUGACGAUAUUGGCGACUCGUGGCUGUUGGAUGUGGCCGAGCCCUUCUCGAGUGUGUUUGCGUCCACGCAUCGACGUGUUGGAUUAGCUUAUGACGAGCUCAUGGCUAGACAUGAGGACAACGCGUCGAAUCAUCCCGAACGACCGGAACGGAUCACGAUGUCUUAUGCUGAACUAGGGCGGCAGGGGCUGUUGGAAAAAGUACAAAGAAUCCCGCCGCGACGCGCUUCAGCUCAGGAGUUGUGUAGGGUGCACGAAGCGAGAUACGUCGAAGCCACUAUACAACUAGGUAGGAGGUGCGACGCCAUUGUGAGAGAACAGAAUUUGGAGAUCAUUGCUCGAUUAAAACAGUGGCUCGGAGAAGUCGCGAUGCGCGAGAACAGCGUAUAUUUGAACGAGUAUUCCGUCGAUUGUGCCUUGUUGUCCGCAGCGGGCGCCGUCGAUGCCGUUUGUAAAGUGGCGGACGGCACGUAUCAGAACGCCGCGGCUUUGAUCCGGCCGCCGGGCCACCACGCGGAGUGCCACUGCAUGAUGGGCUUCUGCCUGUAUAAUAAUGUUGCGGUGGCAGCGGCAGCAGCAUUACAUCAUCCGACGAAGCCCUGUAAAAGAAUAUUAGUGGUAGAUUGGGACGUCCACCACGGCAACGGGACGCAGAACAUGUUCGAGGGCGAUCCUAGGGUGCUGUUUUGUUCUAUUCACAGGCACGACCGGGGCAACUUCUACCCUCCCGGAGACGGGGGGGCUCCGUUCAAGGUCGGUGUCGGGAGAGGCGCGGGCUUUAACGUGAACGUCGGGUGGGACGGCGGCGGAAGCGGUGACGGUGAUUAUGUUUAUGCCUUUGAUGCAUUUCUACUACCUCUCUUUCGCUUGUAUCGGCCGGAGCUUAUUAUUGUUUCCGCGGGUUUUGAUAGCGCGCGCGGCGAUCCUCUCGGUGGUUGUGAUUUAACCCCGAAAGGCUACGCGCGGUUGCUCCACAAGCUCAUUGAUUUGGAGCCUUCCAGAGGUGUGGCUCUAUGUCUGGAAGGAGGCUACAAUUGUAUCAGUGUCUCGCGGUCCUACGCGGCGUGCGUCGGUGCUUUACUCGGUGCGGAGCGGCCCGACGACGACGUACCGGAGGCGUCGUUACGAGCGAAACGCGCCGUCGCGGAGACCGCGCGGCACGUCGCGCCGCACUGGCCCAAGCUCCACAAGGCCGAGAAGCGGUGCCGCAAGGCCUACAUGAGAGCCUUCAAGGCCCACCUCGCGCUCGCGGCGGCGCAGCCGACGCCUCAAGGGGGGGAGAUGGACCUCGAGCCGCCGGGGUUUGGAUGGAGUAUGCCGGCCUUCGCCGCGUCGAUCCCCCUGGCGGACGACGGUGGCGGCGGCGGCGUGUAAAGUUCUCUAUAUCUA